CCUUUCCGCACGCCCACUCUGACCUCCGCAGCGGGUCCCGGCGCGUGGGGCUAGGGCCUCUGCCUCCCCGCGUCCGGGGUCCUUAGGCUCCGGAAUCCUGUCUAGCUGCGAUCCCCCGCUCCCCUCCCCACCCCCGGACCCCUCUUCCCGGACUCUUUCCCCAGGUCAGGACUUCGGGAGCUGAAGCAGGCACUGCUGGCAGCGAGCAGCGGAACAGCAAAGCACAGUCUCACCAAGAUAAAGAAAGAUUUGGCGGGUGGGGGAGGGGGUAGUGGGACCCGCCCACACUCAUCUUUUCUCCCGCUCCGGGUAGAGCGCAGCCAAUCAGCUUCCACAGUAGGAGAGCGUUGUUAUCCAAUGAGAACAGGACUCCAAGAUCUCUCUGUCUGUGGCCAGAUGCGCGGUUCCCCAGAGCUCCGAGUUGGAGAGUUUCCCUCCACGUUGCUAGAGCAGACAAGUAGCAGCUCGGUUGGGGAAAGACACAUCUCUUACCCGGGGGCGGUGCAGAGGAGGCAGCAUUCCCCUCCGCCAGCCGUGGACUGAACUGGAAGGCCUUCCCUUCGCGAAAUAAGGAACGACCCGGUUGGGGAGCUGGCGGCCGGCUUGGCUCUCAGUAGAGCAGAGUUUCAGCUGAACUGUCUGUUCAUCUUCAAGCCAUCAUGAGCUCUGAGAAGCCCAAGUCACAGAAGGACUCAGAUGAAGAGAGUAAGAUGAACACGGAGCACUGGUUCUCUAAGGUCAAUGAAAACCAGCAGAAUAAUUCCAGUACUUCUCAAAUGGAGACGGACUUUAGAAAAAGUUCAGAGACUAUAACUAACACCCAGGCUGAAGGACCCAAAAACCAGACUGUGUCCCAACGAAGGACGAUAUUUGUUACCUUGGAUGUAGACAUCAAGAAAGACAAAAAAAGGAAGAAUAAGCUCACACAUAGUGAUAGGGAUAGCUUAUAUGAGGCACUUGAAACUCUCCCACCUGUCAGAAAAGCGAUAGAAACUCAUUCAGGCAAAGAAAUGCUGGUAUGUGGCAAAGAAGGAAUUAAAGGAUAUUUAAACCUUAGAAUGCCCUUCAGGUGUCUUCCUGAAGGCUGCCACGUGGAAAUUAAGUUUUCUAAAAAGAAAAGUGAGCCAAAAGAAGAGAAGCAGGUAUUUGGCUGGCGUGACACAUCUUCUGACUGUGUCAAAUUUUAUAUCCACCCAGUUGGGAAGAUCAGAAAAAAGAUCGUGAAAUGCGGGCAACCUCACCUAGAAGGGAACAUACUCUGUGUCUAUGCUUUCAAAGGAGAAAGCAUUAAGAAGGCUCUGUGUGAGGAUGGCAGAUUUCUUUCCAUUCUGGAGAACAGAGAUUGGAAACUCAUUGAAAACCUGACUCUUGUUUUAGACAGCUCACAGUUGGUUGAUGACUUAGAGGGCAAGCUCUUUCAGGUUGAGGUUGAGAAGGGCGUGGACACCAAGGCACCAGCCACUCAGAAUUCUGCGCCAAAGGAAGUAAACCCCUGUGUGUUGAAAGAAGCAGCAAUUGUGGACCAGUACACUGGUUGGAAAAGAGAAACUGAUAAAAUUAGAGAAAACUUUGAGAAGGAUAUGAAAAUAAGGAAGGGGAAAAAAUUAUUUGAAUUGCAUAAAACAAACUUCGGGAAACUGACCAAAAACUCUACUUUGGUUAAAGUACACAAACUUCUUGCUCACCUCAGUGACUCAGUGGGGUACCUGUCAUGGGACAACAAUGGGAUUAAGGGUUCUGCCACUUGCUUUGUUAUUAGAGGGUUGUACAUUUUCACUUGUCAGCAUGUAAUAACUUAUAUUGUGGGAAAUGAGAUAAAGCAACAUCAGUGGGCACACAUAAUUGGUCAAUGUGUGAGGGUGACAUUUGUUUAUGAAAGCACCCCAGAAAAAGAAGAGAACUGCUUUUUCAUUGAACCUUGGUUUGAGAUAUGUGGUGCAAAUCUUGACUAUGCAGUUCUGAAACUGAAGGCAAAUGGACAACAAGUGCCUGUGGGAUUAUAUAAUGGAAUUGGUCCUGUACCAUAUACGGGGUUGAUAUAUAUUAUUGGCCAUCCAGAGGGAGAGGCAAAGUCUACUGAUGCUUGUGCUGUCAUCCCUCAGAGUCAGCGAGAAGAGAAAUCUCUGGAACACCUUCAGGCUAGAGCUGCAGAGGGUCCUGAUAUUCGUUUGCAGUGUAUCCAUAUGUACACUCAAAGAAGUUUCCAGGAAGUAGUUCCCAAGCCUGAUGUGAUUACCUACAACACAUCUUUUUACUUUGGGUCUUCUGGCUCCCCAGUGUUUGAUUCAAAAGGCUCAUUGGUGGCCAUGCAUACUGCUGGCUUCAGUUAUGAGUACCAAAGUGGGACUUCCAGCAUCAUUGAAUUUGGCUUUACCCUGGAAUCCAUCCUCUCUGAUAUUAAGCAAAACUAUGGAAGGUGGUAUGAAGAAGUAUUUAUAAAUUCACAGGAAGUAGAAAUGAUGGAUGUUAACGAUGGCACGGAGUGAGAAUUCAGCCUAUUUACCAGCUUUAAGGGAACUACCUAUGGAAUUGUUAUUGUGCAGGCAAUGAUGACAAUUUUUGAAUUCCAAAAUGAUCAGUCUCAUCAAAAAACAAUAAUAAUGUUAUUGAUCACUUCCUAUGCACCAAGGGUUUUUCUGAGAAACUAUCAAUAGUUUUAACAACUCUAUGAGGUAGGCUAUUAUCUCUAUUUUAAAGGUAAGCAAUGUGAAGAAAGAUAAGAUUAAAUAGUAAUCAGUUGAUGACAAUAAAAGUAAUGGAACCAUC